AUGAAAUAAAAUAUUGAAGUAGGUUAUGCCUUUUCUAAUAGAGUUAAAUGUCAUUUUUAAAACAUAAUUAAAGAUGACAUCAGGAUAGGCCAUGUAUUAGCUAGACAACCUGGUUUAAGUUUUGAAAAGAAAUUGUGGUAUCACUUGAAUUCUCUUAAUUCAAUAAAGGGAGAUAAAAAUUAAGAUUUAGAUAUACUUAAUAUACAUGGAUUAAAUGAAGAAGAUUAGAAGAAAGUAAGACAGAAAGUUGAUUAGAUAAUGGAAUUUUAGUUACUAAAAAAGUAUAUAAAAUAAAUAAAUGUUGUUUUAAAGGUUAUUAUUAAUUAUAAAUUUAAAGAUUAUAUAUUUAGAAUUUAUAUUUUUAAUUGA